CUGGGCUCCCCACGAAGGGGGAUGAUGCAGAGAGGGAAAUCCCACCUGCUGUGAGUCACCUGCUAGUAUAAAGGGCGGGUCAUACAAUGCAGGGACCUUAAAACGAGACUCAGAGACAAAAGGAGAAAAGCAACAGGAAGCAGCUCAGAAAGAACAACAGUGACCAAACCAGAGGCGCACAGAACAGAGAAUCAGGCUCAAACAGGAGGAAGCGGACGGAUUCCCCAAGAACUGGUGUCAGGCACGGAGCCAGCCAGAUUUGAGAAGCAGGUUCCGAGAUGCUGCUGGGAAGUAGAGCGGCGAUGCUGCUGUUGCUGCUGCUCUGGACCGCUCAGGGCCGGGCUGUGCCUGGGAGCAGCAGCCCUGCCUGGGCUCAGGGCCAGCAGCUCUCCCAGAAGCUCUGCACCCUGGCCUGGAGUGCACAUCCACCGAUAGGACACGUGGAUGUCCCAAGAGAAGAGGGAGGUGAUGAGACUACAAACGAUGUCCCCUAUAUCCAGUGUCGGGAUGGCUGCGACCCCCAAGGACUCAGAGACAAUAGUCAGUUCUGCUUGCAAAGAAUCCACCAGGGCCUGAUUUUUUAUGAGAAGCUGCUAGGCUCAGACAUUUUCACAGGGGAGCCUUCUCUACUACCUGAUGGCCCUGUGGGCCAGCUUCAUGCCUCCUUACUGGGCCUCAGCCAACUCCUGCAGCCUGAGGGUCACCACAGGGAGACUAAGCUGACUCCAACCCCCAGUCCCAGCCUGCCGUGGCAGCGCCUCCUUCUGCGCCUCAAGAUCCUUCGUAGCCUCCAGGCCUUUGUGGCUGUAGCCGCCCGGGUCUUUGCCCAUGGAGCAGCAACUCUGAGCCCCUAAAGCUAACAGCUUAAGAAUGGUACCCAGGUCUCCAUGGCUCAGCAAUGGCAAGGUCAAUCUAUCACCCCAGCAACCUAUGAGCCAACAAUUAGCCCAUUAAUUCUAAUGGGACUCGUAUAUGUUGAAGAGCUAAUACUAAUUUAUGAUGCUGACCUAUGACAAGGUUGAGUAUUUAUUAGAUGGGAAGGGAACAUUUAUUUAUCCCCCUGGGAGGAGGAUUAUUUAUUAUAUUUAUACUGAAUUAUGCACUUUUUUCAAUAAAGAUUUAUUUAUGUGGACAUCUGGGUCUAAUUUCUAGGUUUGGUUGGGAGAAAGAAACAUUAUGGAAAAGUGGGGCCAAGGGACUACAGUAUGUAUCCCUUUCUCCUACUCUGAAGGGCGAUGGUGGAGAGUGAUAUUUUCUUAUGAGUCUUGUGUGUAUAGCAUGGUACCUGGGAUCUUUUUGGAAUUAAUCCCUGAAUAGCUAAGCAAGCAGAGUGGGAUUGCAGGAGGUUGAGACUAGGCUGUGGGGCCCGUGGAUGUGGCCCCUCACUUGAUCCCUGACUCAGUGCCUCCUUCUUUACAUUCUGGACCAAGAGUAUAUGUGGCCUGGAUCACUGCAGGAGCAAAAGUCAGAGCUCUGUUUUGAGCAAGAAGGGCAUUCUAGGAAGAUGAAGGUAAAUCCUCCAAACCAAUAGGAUUCUCCAUUAAAGAACGACAUCUGCAGGCCCCUUCAGAAGGGAGUUUGGCUACCCAAGAUGCUGACUAAACUGUCUUUGAAAGGAAGAGGGGAGGAAGGGGCUAGUGAUUGUUUCCUUUCCUUUUCUCCAUAGUCGCAGCAGGGUUAAGGGCAUGGGCUUUGGAGUCAGGCAGACCCAGGCUCGUGUCUCGGCUUUGUCACCAACCAGCUGAGUGACAAUGGGCUAGUUAUAGAAAUACCCGUGCUCCCCCCAACAGCUGUAUAGCUCAAAGCCUCCCCUAGAAGAGUCUAAGGGACAGGAAGGGCUGCCCUAAACAGGGGAGGGAAGACAGAAGAAACAUGACCAGAGGGGCAUACUGGAAUGGGUGGAAGAGAGGCUAUAAAAUUUGCUGACCUUGUCCCUACACAGCCUGCUGGUGUCCCAAAGGACGUGAGUCUUCGUGAGCAGAGAAGUAAAGGAGUUCAAAGGUGAAAUGCUUCUGGGUUGGUAAUGUUUAUUAGUCACUUCUGCUCGGAAAGGCCCCUUUCUGAACAGGACUGUUCCUCUGACACUGCAGGGAGGACACAGCCACAUGCACAGGGCCUCUAUCUCAAGUUACACCUGCAGCACAUUUGAACAAUGGCGGUUGUCCCCUGGGAUUCCCUGGGCAUGGCUGAGGUGUGAGGUUGUCUAGAGUCCCAUAAUAAACCUUUAUAACGUUGUAAGUGCCAGGAACUUGGUCUCUGCCCAGGUCCACACCCAAGGGGCAGAUACCCUCCUUUCAGGUAAGGACUACAUUGUGCAAAAUAAAGUGGAUGAUAUCUUAAUAGCUAGAACUUAUUUUCCUCUGUAAAAAUACAGAACUCUAAUCCUAUAAAAAGCAAUUCUUAAAUUCCCAGCAACCCUACCAUGUCUGGCCUCCAGGAGUGAUCUGUCUCUUCAGCACAGGGGAAGUUCAGACCAGGCAGUAUAAGUUAGUGUGCAAAGCUUCACAAGCAUGUCUGGUUGCAGCAUGUUUAUAGGGGAGGGAUGGGUGCAGCUAGCUCAGGCUGGGGGUGAGGGCAAUGGAGGAGACUGGCAAGAAGGGGGUCUACCUCCUAUCCCCUUCUUCAGGGUGGAGCAUCACAUGGUGGGGUGAGGCAGAAAGCUCUCAGCCCCUGUGGGACAAGAAGAAAUUUAGCACUUGAGUCAGGAGUAAGGGGAAGAAGAAAGGACAAGGUUAUCCUAGAUAUGAAGGAGCCACAAGAGAGAAAUGGAGUCCUAUCAUGCGUCUCCCUCCCCAUUGAGGGGAUGCAAUGCCAGUGUGUGCUAAUUUUGCUUUAAACCAAACCAAAUGCAGUGCUGCUGAGUCAAUUCCAACUCAUAGUGACCCUACAGGACACAGUACAAUUGUCCCAUAGUGUUUCCAAGGCUGCAGUCUUUACGGGAGCAGGCUGUCAUAUCUGUCUCCCAAGGAGCAGUUGGUGGAUUGGAACCACUGACCCUUUGAUUAGCAGCCGAGCACUUACCCACUAUGCCAACAGGGCUCCUAAUUUUACUUUACCAGCUAUUAAAAAGUUGAAAUCCUUCUGUACUGGAAAACAGCCACUUCCCUGAGCCCUCCAAGUACUCCCCAACUAU